AAUAAAUCCGAUCUAAAAUGAAAUUUUCAUCACUUUGUAGCAGACAUAGGAUUAUAAUAGACGCUGGCAAAUUGCCAAUUUUGUCGUUGCUCAUUCAUCAAAAGAAAAUAUCACAAACUCUUUAUUUCUCUCUGUUGUCAUCAGCAAGAAGAACAAGAACAGGACAGAAGAAGAAGAAGAAGAGAAGAUGGGUCAAGCAUUUGGUUGCCUUCAAGUGGAUCAGUCUAAUGUUGCUAUUAAGGAACAGUUUGGAAAGUUUGUUGAUGUGCUGGAGCCUGGAUGUCACUGCUUGCCUUGGUGUUUUGGAUACCAAGUGGCUGGUGGACUUUCUCUUCGCGUGCAGCAACUCGAUGUUAGAUGUGAAACAAAAACUAAGGAUAAUGUAUUUGUCACUGUUGUUGCAUCUAUUCAGUAUCGGGCCAUGGCAGAGAAAGCAUCUGAUGCCUUCUAUAAGCUCUCCAACACCAAGGCACAAAUCCAGGCCUAUGUUUUUGAUGUAAUCAGGGCAAGUGUGCCAAAAUUGCUUUUGGAUGAUACUUUUGAGCAGAAAAACGAUAUUGCGAAGGCUGUUGAAAACGAGCUUGAAAAGGCCAUGUCUGCCUAUGGGUAUGAAAUUGUUCAGACACUUAUUGUGGAUAUUGAGCCGGAUAUUAAUGUUAAGAGAGCAAUGAAUGAGAUAAAUGCUGCUGCUAGACUGAGGGUGGCAGCAAAUGAGAAGGCAGAAGCUGAGAAAAUAUUGCAGAUCAAGCGGGCUGAAGGAGAGGCAGAGUCCAAAUACCUAUCAGGGCUUGGCAUAGCUCGUCAACGUCAGGCCAUUGUUGAUGGACUGAGGGAUAGCGUGCUUGCCUUCUCUGAGAAUGUGCCUGGUACGAGUGCCAAGGAUGUGAUGGAUAUGGUGCUGGUGACUCAGUACUUUGAUACCAUGAAGGAGAUUGGGGCAUCCUCAAAGUCAUCUUCUGUUUUCAUCCCUCAUGGACCUGGCGCAGUGAGAGACAUCACUUCACAGAUUCGUGAUGGACUUCUUCAGGGAAAUUCUGCUCAGUAGUGAUGGAAUUCAAGCUUUGAAUGGAUUUACUUGGUUGAUGUUUGGCAUCUUAAGUUUUAUCUCUAGCUUUUUCAGAGUUUGUGAUCUGCAAAUAAGGAAGACUGAUUAUCGUUGUGUUCUUUUCAUGUCUAUGAAGCGGUGCAUACAUUCAGGCAAUGGCUUGUAAGUAGUAUAUUGGAUUUGGAAGAUGUUUAAAUCAGCUGGUACAGAUGUAGUUCCCCUACUCGAUAUGCUAGUCUCUCUGUUAUAAAUUACUGAGUUUAUCUUGAAAA